AUGGAGUGCUACACCAGCAAAUGCCCACAGAAUUUCUUUCUCAUUCACUAUGGCUUGGUGAUAUCACUUGCUAUCACAGUCUAUGCCACAAAUACUACAAGUGGUCUUGAAAGGCCCAAGCUCAUAGUGGCCUUUCAGGCUCCUAGGAAUAUUUCCCAUCCCCUGAGCGCUCAAAGGCUAAGUGCAGUUCUCCAGAUUGCCAUUGAUAAAAUCAAUAUGGAUACAUCCUACCUAGGCAACUACAGCUUGGAGUAUGUUUAUGCUGACAGUGGCUGUGAGGCCAAGAAAUCCCUCCUUGCAUUCCUUGACCAGUUUCAAAAGAAACACAUUUCUGCCUUGUUUGGACCCGUUUGCUCCCAGGCAGCAGAGGUUACUGGUUUGCUAGCAUCCCAGUGGAACAUUCCCAUGUUUGGGUUUGUUGGCCAUACUGCCAAGCUGGAUGACUCAUCCCUUUAUGACACCUACAUCAAUCUUGUCUCCCCUCUGCAAAGAAUAGCAGAAGUCUUGCACAGAACUCUUGAUUAUUUUGAAUGGAGGUAUGUUGGUCUCUUUGGCAGCUCAAAUGAUGUUUUCACCUGGGCUGAAAUGGAAGAAUUGUGGACCUCUGUAGAAAACCAACUCAAAACCAAUAUAACAAUCACUGCCAAGGUGAGAUACAACACAAAAGAUCAAAGUCUCCAUCAAGAAAAGCUCAACUACAUAUCAUCUGUUGCCAGAAUUAUUGUUUUGAUCUGCAGCUCUGGGGAUGCAAGGUCUAUUUUGUUAGAAGCUAAAGAACUAGGCAUGGCAAAUGGGCCAUAUGUAUUCUUUGUCCUACAGCAAUUUGAGGACAGUUUUUUGAAAGAGACUUGGAAUAAUGAGAACAGCAGCGUCCUAGAUGCCUAUCAGCCUGUGUUUCUGAUCGCCCUCAGUUCUUACAGAGAAUACAACACCUAUUCUGAUUUUGUCACAGAGGUCCAUAAGAAGUUGGAAGAGCAGCAGCCUUUUCACCAUUUCCUUUCUUCACCACCAGAGGUAAGUUCGUAUGCUGCUUACCUGCAUGAUGCAGUUUUGCUGUAUGCAUUAUCUGUAAAGGAAAUGUCAGAGGAGAAAAGGGAUUUCCAUGAUGGAAGAAGACUUGUCAACAAUUUGAAGGGCUACAAUAAAACCCUAUUAUAUGGCAUUACAGGCCCUGUGCAUAUUGAUGAGUUUGGUGAGAGGAAUAUGGAUUACUCUGUAUAUGAUCUACAGGAAUUUGGCAACUCGACACGCUUCAUUCCUGUCCUUAACUUUGACAGUGAAAGAAAAACAAUCAGCCCAACCUCAGAAAUUGGCUACAUCAGCUGGUCCAAUGGAGAAAUACUUAAAGAUAAACCGCCGUGUGGGUUUCACAACGAACAUUGUAGAACUCCUGCUAUUUAUGGUAUGGCACUUAUUGUUGUGAUAAUUAUCCUGGCAAUAUCAGGGGCUUCUGGUGUGGCAACAAUUAUGAAGAUCCAUAAGGGGAACAUGCAAAAGCAAAUCAAUGAUGUCCGUUGGAUAAUUAAUUAUGAGGAUAUCAUCAUUUUUAAUGAUAAGGAAAAAUGUGAUCUGUCUCAAUCAAAUGCACAGAUGACCAAAGAAAAUGAAACCUUUGGUUCCCAUUUGUUUAUGUCUAGCAAUAAUUGUUCUGGAAUGACGGACAAGCAAGGGAAAGAAGUAUUUUACACCACAGUAGGACUAUAUCAGGGGAUUCUUGUUGCUCUCAAAUUUGUUGACAAUCAAACAGAUGCCUGGAGUCAAAAACUAUCAGUUCUUCAUGAGGUUCAGAUGAUGAGAGAACUCAGGCAUGAGAAUCUAGUGGUCUUCUAUGGGAUAUGCACUGAAGCUCCAAACAUCUGCAUUGUGAUGCAUUACUGCAAGAAAGGAAGCCUAAAGGAUGUUUUGAUGCACUCUGAUAUUGAGCUGGACUGGAUAUUCAAAAUCUCCUUUGCCUACGACAUUGUCAAUGGUAUGUUGUUCAUCCACAACAGUCCCCUAAACUCUCAUGGAAACAUAAAGCCUACCAACUGCUUGGUGGACAGUCGCAUGCAGGUGAAGUUGUGUGGGUUUGGCCUCUGGGAAUUUAAAUAUGGAAGAAAAUCCCGGGUAAUAACAGAGGACACCCAUUAUGAAGCUCUCUAUUGGACAGCUCCUGAAUUGCUAAGAAUGGGGGAAUAUCCAUUACAAGGCACACAGAAGGGGGAUGUUUACAGCUUUGCUAUUCUUAUGAGAGAACUGAUAAACAGUGACGAAGAUGGUCCAUUCCAAGACCUGAACAAGAAUGCUGAAGAGAUAAUAAACAGAAUCAAAAACCCAGAGUCUCCUGUUCCAUUACGCCCCUCGCUUUCAACAGAGAAAUGUAAUGAAAAGAUCAUUGCUUUACUGAAGGAAUGCUGGGAUGAAUAUCCAGAGAGGAGACCAACAUUUUCUUAUGUGAAAAGAGCACUGAGAGAUGCCAGCCCAGAAGGCCAUUUCAGUAUCUUGGACAACAUGGUGAAUAAACUGGAAAAAUAUGCAGUUCAUCUGGAGGAAGUGGUUGAAGCAAGGACAAUCCAGUUGGCGGCAGAAAAGAAGAAAACAGAAAAACUUUUAUCAGCCAUUCUACCUGGCUUUAUUGGAGAGCAGCUUGUUGCUGGGAGAUCAGUGGAACCCGAGAGCUUUGAUUCUGUCACCAUUUUCUUCUCAGACAUUGUUGGCUUUACCAAGUUGUGUUCUUUCAGCUCUCCACUGCAAGUUGUUAGUCUUCUCAAUGACCUAUACAGUUUAUUUGAUAACAUCAUUAAAACAUAUGAUGUCUACAAGGUUGAAACUAUUGGAGAUGCCUACAUGGUUGCCAGUGGCCUCCCCAUUCGAAAUGGGACAAAACAUCUUGAGGAAAUAGCUACCAUGUCUUUGCAUUUUCUCAGCACAAUGACUUCUUUCAAGAUUGGGCAUAUGCCCAAUAAGAAACUGAAGCUGCGGAUUGGUAUUCAUACAGGCCCCGUUGUUGCAGGGGUAGUGGGGAUCACAAGGCCACGUUAUUGCCUCUUUGGGGACACUGUGAAUACAGCUUCAAGGAUGGAAAGUACCAGCUUACCUCUCCAAAUCCAUGUUUCUAUGGUCACAGCAAAUGCUCUUCAAAGAAUUGGAGGUUAUGAUUUGGAAGAAAGAGGGACAGUAAGGAUAAAGGGCAAAGGUCAGCAAAGAACAUUUUGGCUCAAAGGAAAAGCUGGCCUUAACAUGCCUCUGCCAGAAUGCAGCAGUAAUGUGGAAAGGCACCCAAAGGGAAACAUAGAGAACUGAAAAUUGAAUAGUUGAAAUCUCGGUUUUAGGAAAAAGGAGCCUUGUUUCACCAGAUCUAUCAAAUGUUGAGGAAUUGGUUAAUUGAAAUCAAAUUUUGAAUAUUAAAAUUUCAACCUGCUUGUCAAAGGUUCAUAAUAACAAAUACUGCCCCUUUACAUUAGGCCAAUUGUUUUAUCUACUUCAACAUUCUGAUUAUACAGUAGCUAGCCAGUUCAUGUAUGAACUUGAUAUGGACAUAUCUAAAUAAUGGCAAAAAUCCAUCUAUCCAGUGAAAUCUAGAAUACACUAACAUUUGGUAAAGGACAUAAAUGAGUUUGCGUAUAAGAGUUUGUCUUUCUACACAUUCGAGAAAGUAUAUAUAGUUUCAACUAAAGUCUGUAUACCAUGUACCUUAGUAUUAGGUAGUAGAGCCAAGAUCCAAAUUGAGGAAUGGCUUCUACUUAAAGAUCAAAAUUGAUUAAGUAUUUCUUCUACUGUAUAACCUCAACUGUAA